GAUUCCGCCUGGCACUCCUGCAGAUGCUAGUUUCACGUCACAAGCAGGAGAACCUGGCACAUGCUCGUGAGCUGAUAUCGCGCGCAGCGCAGAAUGGUGCACAGCUCGUCUCACUCCCGGAAUGUUUCAACUGCCCGUACGGGACGCAGUAUUUUGGCGAGUAUGCGGAGACGGUUCCCGGAGAAACGAGCAACAUGAUUGCGGCGCUGGCCGCCGAGCACCGCAUCACCAUCAUCGGAGGGUCAAUCCCAGAGCGGUCAGGGGAUCGUCUAUUUAACACCAGCCUCGUGUUUGGACCGGAUGGCAAGCUGUGUGGGAAAUUCCGCAAGAUGCAUCUCUUUGACAUUGACAUUCCGGGAAAAAUCACUUUCAAGGAGUCGGAAACGCUGAGCCCUGGAGAGGAACUGACAGACUUCACCACUCCGUUCUGCAAGGUCGGGAUUGCCAUUUGCUACGACCUUCGGUUCCCAGAGCUCACGCGUCUCUAUGCUGACCGGGGCUGUCACCUGCUCGUGUGCCCUGGAGCGUUCAACAUGACUACGGGGCCCGUCCACUGGGAGCUUUUGCAGCGUGCUCGGGCAGUUGAUAAUCAGAUGUUUGUGGCCACGGUGUCUCCGGCAAGAGAUGAAACAGCGUCGUACGUGGCCUGGGGACACAGCACCGUAUCCUCACCCUGGGGUGACGUUAUUGCUAAAGCUGGACCUGGGGAAGAAAUUGUGUAUGCUGAUAUUGAUUUAAACAGAAUGGAAGAGGUGAGACGUCAGAUUCCGGUGCGGAUUCAGAGGCGCUGUGAGCUGUACCACUCGCUGGCAGCAGCAAAACCACAAUAA